AGUAUAAAAUAUAUCCAAUGAUUAAAUCUUUUAACACUUCCUGGGCCGAUGAGGUGGAGGCGGACUAUGUGGAUGGUCUGCCGCCGUCGAAUGAGUACAUCGAGGGCGACUACAAGUACGUGACCGAGUACAAGUUCAACGAGGACGGCAAGAAGGUGAAGGUGGUGCGCACCUUCAAGAUCGAGAAGCAGAUCGUUCCGAAGGCGGUGGCCCGUCGUCGCAGCUGGGUAAAGUUCGGUGACUCCCGCCAGGACAAGCCGGGACCCAAUUCCCAGACGACCAUGGCCUCUGAGGAGAUCUUCAUGCAGUUCAUCGGCUCCAAGGACUUCGACCAGACCCACGAAACCCAACUGGAUGCCGGCAAGAAUAUCGCCAAGUGUCGCAUUUGCAAUGGCGAGCACUGGAGUGUCAAUUGCCCCUACAAGGGCACCUCGAUGGACAGCAAGACCCUGAUGGAGAGCAAGGCCAAUGCUGCGGCUGCUGCCGCCAUAAACGAUCCCGGCAAGACGGGCAAAUAUGUGCCGCCCUUCAUGAAGGACGGCGGGGGCGGGGUCGCCGGCAAGGGCUGGGGUCGCGAACGGGACGACUCGUCGGCGGUUCGCAUAUCGAACCUAUCCGAAUCCAUGACCGAGGCUGAUCUCGAGGAGCUGGUGAAGAAAAUCGGACCACACACCAAGAUGUAUCUGGCCCGCGAAAAGAACUCGGGCCUCUGCAAGGGAUUCGCCUAUGUGCACUUCAAGUUCCGUCAGGAUGCAGCAGCCGCCAUUGAAAUCCUUAAUGGCCAUGGCUACGACCACUUGAUCCUCUGCGUCGAGUGGUCCAAGCCCCAGCCGUAAGGAGUAUAUCCUUUCAUACUCGAUUCUCUUCGCAUUCGCGAACGGAAAUGAGCCGCAGUGGCAAAGAAAUCAAAAUGAAAUACAUGUGCACUCGGAACAAAA